AUGGGCCUGAACGAAGUGUCUGUGCUAGCCUGGACUUUGCAGGAGCGAGCAGACCCGGCGCUGCGUGAACACGACCUGGCCUUCAGCCCUCUGGGUUCCUUUCUUGCAGCGCUGAUGCUGCCCGGCGCUUUGAGCACGAACCUGCCCUCCUAUUACCUGAAGGAGUUUCGCACGGAGCAGUGCCCUCUCUUUGUGCAGCACAAGUGCACCCAGCACCGGCCCUACACUUGCUUCCACUGGCACUUUGUCAACCAGCGUCGUCGCCGAUCUAUCCGUCGCCGGGAUGGUACCUUUAACUACAGCCCUGACAUUUACUGUACCAAGUAUGAUGAGACCACGGGAAUCUGCCCUGAAGGAGAUGAGUGUCCAUUCUUGCACAGAACCACCGGGGACACGGAGAGGCGAUAUCACUUGCGCUACUACAAAACUGGAAUCUGCAUCCAUGAGACGGACUCCAAGGGAAACUGCACAAAGAACGGAGUCCACUGCGCCUUUGCUCACGGGCCCCAUGACCUGCGCUCUCCGGUUUACGAUAUCAGGGAGCUUCAGGCCAUGGAAGCUUUGCAGAAUGGCCAGACGACAUCAGAAGGUGGCAUAGAGGGCCAGUCUGCAGUUGCUGCUAGCCAUGCAAUGAUAGAGAAAAUACUCAGCGAGGAGCCAAGGUGGCAAGAUACAACAUACGUGUUGGGAAAUUACAAGACAGAGCAAUGUAAGAAACCCCCUCGUCUCUGUCGCCAGGGUUAUGCCUGUCCCUACUACCACAAUAGCAAAGAUAGAAGAAGAAGCCCAAGAAAACACAAAUACAGAUCUUCACCGUGUCCAAGUGUGAAGCAUGGAGAUGAGUGGGGAGAUCCCAGUAAGUGCGAGAACGGAGACUCAUGCCAAUACUGCCACACUCGCACAGAGCAGCAGUUCCACCCGGAGAUCUACAAAUCCACCAAGUGCAAUGACAUGCAGCAGUCUGGCAGCUGUCCCCGAGGACCCUUCUGUGCCUUUGCACAUGUAGAACAGCCUCCUCUGAAUGAAGAUUUGCAGCAAUCCUCAGCUGUGUCGAGCCCAACGCAGCCGGGCCCCGUGAUGUACAUGCCCUCAGCCGCCGGGGAUUCCGUUCCAGUCAGCCCUUCCAGUCCCCAUGCCCCAGACCUGAGCAAUGUGUGGAAUAAAACAGGAACUCUGCCAACUAGCCCCACCUCCACCACAAUUCUUUGUAGGAACAGCAGUCUCGGAAGUCCUUCUAAUAUAUGUGGGUCCCCUCCUGGCGCCAUUGGAAAACCACACAGCUUGGAGAGCAUUGGUUUUCCUCCAGACUCAGUAACAGCAGCCGGCAGCUACAAGAAAGCACCUGGGUUUGAGCGAGAAGAUCAGGUGGGGGCCGAGUAUUUGAAGAGUUUCAAAUGCCAGCAAGCAAAAAUGAAAUCCCAUUCACUGGAACACAGGAGCCAAGAGCAACCUUUGCUACAGCCCAAACAGGACAUACUAGGGAUUCUCCCCGUGGGGAGCCCGCUGACAUCCAGCAUCUCCUCCAGUAUCACCUCCAGCCUGGCUGCAACACCACCAAGCCCUGCUGGCACCAGCAGCAUACCAGGAAUGAAUGCCAAUGCCCUCCCUUUCUACCCAACCAGUGACACUGUUGAAUCUGUCAUAGAGUCUGCCUUGGAUGACCUGGACCUGAAUGAAUUCGGAGUGGCUGCCCUGGAGAAGACAUUUGACAGCAGCACAGUGCCCCACACAAGUGGCAUCAUGAUAGGUGGGAGUUUGCUGCAAAGUUCUGCUCCUGUAAAUAUCCCCGGCUCCCUCGGAAGCUCUGCCUCCUUUCACUCUGCCUCUCCUUCUCCACCGGUCAGCCUCUCAUCGCAUUUCCUCCAUCAGCCCCAGGGACACUUAAGCCAAUCAGAAAACACGUUCCUGGGGACAUCAGCUUCUCAUGGAUCAUUAGGUUUAAAUGGGAUGAACAGCAGCAUAUGGGAACACUUUGCUUCGGGGAGUUUUUCGCCCAGUACCUCACCUGCAUUUCUGUCAGGUCCAGGUGCUGCGGAGCUGGCACGGCUACGACAAGAACUGGAUGAAGCCAACAGCACAAUAAAGCAGUGGGAAGAGUCUUGGAAACAAGCCAAACAGGCCUGUGAUGCUUGGAAAAAGGAGGCAGAAGAAGCAAAUGAUCGCGCCAACACAGCUAACAUAGAAUGUGAACUGGCCCGUGAGCAGAGGGAAGCCUUGGAGCUGCAAGUGAAGAAACUGCAGGAGGAGCUGGAGAGGAUCCAUGCAGGCCAGGACCCUCAAUUCCUGCGCUCUUUCUCUGACCUGGAAACUCUGUCGCUCUCUUCACUUUACACACUUCAGAAACAGCUGCGGGCAAACUUGGAGAAAGUUGAUAAGGCGGUAUUUCAGAUGCAGUCAGUGAAAUGCCUUAAGUGUCAGGAGGAGAACCGCGUGGUGCUCCCGUGCCAACAUGCUGUGCUGUGUGAAACGUGCGCCGAGGAGGGCGAGUGCCCCAUCUGCCACCCCAACAGGCCCCACUCUCUCCAGUCGUGACCUUCCAAGGACACUUGGUCUAAUCAUAUCGUAUAGAACUUUUUAACUUUAUACAUGCGUACAUAUAUAUGUAUGUGUACAUAUAUAUAUGUAUGUGUAUAUAUAUAUAUGUA